AAAAACAGAUUCAAUUUUUUUCAAAUAAAAUGAAAUAAUAAUUAUUUCAUUAUUUAUUACCAUUAUUUAAUCAGUGUUUAAAAGUAGCUAUGGAUGUCCCAUUGAAUGUUGAUCGUAUCUGCCGAACCUGUCUUACGGAAACUGGAAGUCUCAUCUGCUUGUUCGACAAUGAUCCUCAGCAAAGUGGAACAAUUUCAUCCAUCAUUUCUGCUUGCAGUAAUAUCAAAAUAAAACGCAAUGACGGCCUUCCGGAUAAAGUUUGCCGAAAGUGUCUUCAGUCGGCGAGGAAUGCCUUUGCGUUCAAGCAGCAGUGUGACAUCGCUUACCGGACUCUUCGUACACUGGCCGAACAGUACAAUCUGACCGUUGCAACGUCAGAGGGCGAUUCAAACGAUACUUCCAGAGGGACCCAGACGGAUAAGGUGGUAUGCUGUGGGCAGCGCUGCUCUGUGAACUCCGGUGCCAUUGAUAAAAGCGUCGGUGGUAAUGCUGAGACGCAAAUAGAUCAAAAACCGGAAGUGCAAGUUCAAGAGGAACAAACGCCAGAAAUUGCUGAUUUCUGUGAAAGCAAACCUAAUUGCAUACGCAACGAUAGUGCAUGCAAAUUGGAAUCUUUCGAAAAUGUCGAAUAUUUGUUGGAUACUAUCGAAGAAACUGUGCCGCAAGUUAAGGAAGAACCAAAUGCCGAAGAGGAGGUCUCAAACUUGGAUACGGAUUUUAAUAGCGAGCAGGUGGAUUUUCUAGAGCUCGAGUUCGAAACCGGGAAGGCUAGUCCCGAUUGUGUCCCCAAGCCAAAGAGCAAAAAGGCUUCGCCUGGAGUCCACAAAUGCGAAUAUUGUAAUAAAGAGUUCCGUAGGGGAACCCAUCUGCGGCGCCAUAUUUUGACCCACACGCAGGAGAAGAAUUUUAAUUGCAAAAUAUGCACAAAAGCAUUCUCGCGGAGUGACCAUUUAGCGAUUCACGAAUCGACGUUCCAUUCACAGGAGCGACCGUUCUGUUGUCAGCUUUGUGAGAAGUCGUUUAAACGUUCUGAGCAUCUUCGGAAUCACAUGGAAACCAAACACAAUGGAGCGGCAAACUCAAAGAAACAGAACUUCUGUGAAGUCUGCGCUAAGGGGUUUGCCUCGGCCAAAAAUUUGGAAUCGCACAUGAAGACGCACUUGCAGCCAAAGGUUUACAUGUGCUCCUAUUGCGAUGAGCAGUUUGCUAAUAAAAACGACCAGCGGUUGCACGUUCGGCAGCUGCAUCUAGAGGGAAAGUCUUUUCUUUGCUCCGAGUGCGGACAAAGCUUUCUCAGGAAUGAUUAUUUGAAGGUGCACAUGCGAAGACACAAAGGUAUCAAACCUUUCAAAUGUAAAUUUUGUCCAAAGGCUUUUCCACGUAAAACGGAUUUGAGGGUGCAUGAAAAGUACCAUACCAAUGAGAAACCUCAUCUCUGUACCAUUUGCGGCAAAAGCUUCCAUCGAGCGUACAAUCUUGUUGUGCACAGCCGAACACACAAUGGUUUAAAGCCGUAUCAAUGCCCACAUUGUCCAAAGUCCUUUGCCCAAGGAAACGACCUGAAAGCCCACAUCCGACGACACACUGGAGAGCGCUACAGAUGUGAACUUUGCAAUGAAGGAUUCAUCCAGGGUUACCAGUUAACGAAUCACAAGCGUACCGUCCAUAACAUCGAGGACAAGGGAAACACUCGACGAGUAACCAAAUAUCUAACAGAAUCAGCGCAAGACCAUCAGGUGUCUCUGCAGAAGCGGCGACAAGAGCUGGAGCAAUUGCUAAAGGAUCAAGAAGCACACGAAGAACAACAAAAGGCGGGGUUGGACAUUGAUCAAACAGAGCAUGACUUGGAGCAGAAAAUUAUGGAAGCCAAAGACCACAUUCAGCAGAUCGAACGUCAGUUGGCAAAAUGCAACAGCCACCUUCAAGAAGAACUGGACCGCCAAAAACAAACAGAAAUAGGUAAUCUUCAGGAAGAUUACAAUAAAUCGGUUAGACCACCAAAUGCCUCAUAUGGGCAAGAUUUCUUGAACGACCCGGUCAGCACUUCCGUAAAGAAUGAAAACUGAUUGUAAACGUCAUUUCUUUUCAGAGAGUGUAAUUAUUCAAUAAGAUACAUUAAAUUAUACAAA